GGAAAACACGUGCAUGCAUUCAUAACAAUGACAUGGGUGUGGAUCUAUGGCACUCAGUCGAGUGGUGUGAGCCUCUCAUCCCCCACUACCUGCUCACUGCUCUUGUCACUCGGGCGAACCCACAGAUGGCGACCCACCGCACAGCAGUGUUUGUCUCAAAAGGCGGCCAGCCGAGCAUUCGGUCGGCAGUCUGUCUGUACACUGACUAGCUAUUCACACUGGCAAGUAACAAUCUUUCCCUCCCCCCUCCUCAGUCCCUCCAUCCCUCCUCAUCGUCGAGCCCCAUGUCCUCCUCGUCAUCGCUGUCGUCCAGCGGCCACAUGUCCAUCGUGACUGUCAACUGGUGCUCGGCCGGCCGGACUGCCAGGUCCUCGAUCGACGAGCCCUGCUCAUCGAACCGCCGGUAGGUGAUCGGAAAGCGCACCUCCAUGCCGUACUCGGCCAUGUCCUCGCGCACACGGCUCUGGCGGAACAGCGGAUCGAGCUGGCGCUCGACUUCGCGAGCGUGGGUAGGGGUGGUGAAGAUGUCUGCCCGCUCGUUGAGCUUGAAGGUAGCGUGUUUGGGCCGCAGCUCGUGGACGAGGCGGAAGAGGUCCCGCAGCCGCUCGGGGACGCUCUCGGCCGUCGCGUUGUUGAUGUCCUCGAGGCUGCCCGUCAUGCUCAAGUCGAUGGGUCUGGUCUCGAUGGUGAGCUCUUGCACUCUAGGGUACUGGCGGGUGGUCUGGGGUGACGGGAAGGCGAUCGGGGCGGCCGCCUUGGUAUGGGGCUGGGUGAAAAACAGCGGCUCGCUAUAUGCCAUCUCCAGCUUCUGAUCGGCACACACACAAUGCGGGAUGGACUGAUAAGGCUCGAUAUCUUGAUGCAUGGCUUGGACGGCACCACCACAUGUACCUUGAGCGGCUUUGGUUUGAUGCCCUGCUGGAUGUAUGCGAGCGCCUCAGAGGCCACGACGCCGCUGACCGUAGACGUCCACGUCUUGUCCGCUUCAAACGACCGGAGGUACACGUGUGUGAGGGCGGGGAGGGACGAAAGGAGGCGCGACAGUCGGUUGGGCGUGGCGGGAGGGAUGAGGUACUCGGGGUCACACGUCGGAAUAUGAGGCUUGUAACCCUCGUCCACCAGGUAGAGCUCCGUCACGUUACUGAAUCGACACAUCCACACACAUCCACAGCGAGAUUACGCGAAGCGUCUUUGUUGCGCUCUCUCUCUCUCUCUCUCUGUGUGUGUGUGUCUGUCUCUCUGUCUCUCACCAGAGUGAUUUGAGCGUGCCCACCUCGGUCAGCCACUGUGGGAUGCCGUUGAAGGACUCGGCAUCGACAUCGUGGGUGCAAAUGGCGAGCUCGACCUCCAGGCGCCUGGCGUUGUUCAGCCGGAUGCCGCUGAAGUGCGGGCUGGUGGGGGUGCCAGAUCGGCCAUCAUUAUCCAUCAGUGACACGGUAUCGCUCCCUCCCGCGUGCCGUUUGACGGUCUCCACCCAUGUGAGGGUCUCGGCAGUCGGCGGGCCCUCUGUGCUCUCACCGCCGCACUCGAUCCAUGUCACACCUCCUUGCCGUACCACUCCCCAUCCCAUCUGCUCAGCCGCCUGAAUCAUCCCCACCGAGCCUUCAUCACUCCAGUCGGGUGGAUCGGCCGGGUCACGGACGAUGUCAAGGGGGCAGUGGAUCUUCACCUGGCGCUUGGUGGCGGCCCCCGACGGAGAGGGAGAGGGAGAGCGGGAGUUCGCCGCACCGCCGCUGCUGGGCGUCAGCUGCCGCAGCAGCGUCACCAGCUUGCUGGUCUCCGUGUCGCUGCCACACAGCUUGAGGUGGCCGACGUGGCGCAGAUUCUUGAGCGAUGAGAGGGCAGCGGUGGUGAGGGGUACGACGGAUUCAGCCGCCCCUCUGUAGGAGCACAGCAGUGGGAAGAUGUCCAGGUGGCUGAGGGCGGGGGACGAGCCGAAGAUGAACGCCAAACUGCGAUCGAAUGCAAUGCGCAUGGAUGCCCACUUGCCGCCCAUCUUGUCCGUGAUACGGUUUGUCUCGUCCGCGGAGAGCACCUGGCCGGUGAGGCGGUCGAGCGCUGGGCAGACGAGUUUCUGCUGCUGGAAGAGAUGGAAUCCGUCGAGGCUGUCCACCUCAACCGACCGGACCGGCGGAAACACCGCAUUGGGCCCCUUGACCUGCGCCACCGGCUGGCCACUUGCCGUGUCCUCAGACCCUUCGCCCUCAUCCGCAUCACGAUCCUCAUCACCGUGUUCAUCUCGCUGCUGCUUGGCUUGUGUCGUCUGGAUGGCCUUGAGCGUGUCGGUGUGGUUGACCAGCUGCAGGGAGACGAAGGCGAACAGCCGCGCCCGGCCGAUCUCCUCGACCUCCUCCUCUCUGGGCAGCAGGAUGAUGGCGUGCUGCUGCUGCUCGAACGUCACCAGGCUGCCGCGUGGUCCCCUGCAGCUGAGGCCGUGGUUGGGGCGGUGCCAGUUGAUGACCCGGAUCAGCGAGUAGAUGGCCCAGUAGAAGGCCCGACAGACACAGCUCAUCGCCAGGCGCUCCUUGACGGACUGAUACGAUGACACGUUGAGCCAGAUGAGCCCAUCCAGAAGGCUCGUGAGGCUCUUCGACGCGGCGCGGUUGGAUGAGUCAUCGCUCUGGGCCGGAGCGGCUGUGCGAGGUGCUUUGGCUGGCGGGCCGUCCAUCGCCCAGCAGACACACACCAGAGAUCAGCUACGCUCAG